AUGUCUAUUUCCCUUAAAAUCUCCCACGUUUCGAAUGUCUACAACGAUGGUUUUAAUACUGUAGAGCUGCGAAACCAAUGCAGAGCCGGUCAAAGGUUUGGAAUUGGAUCGGUUUGUUUCCGUAGAAGCCCUGGUGUUGAAUCUAGACGGAUCCAUUUGAAUUCAGACUUUUCUUCUUCUCGGAAUUUGAGACUCCGAUGUGUGGGAUCAGAUGUGGUUUCGGGUGAAAUCUCUGGUAGAUCGGUACCGGAGUGGGCUUAUAGUGGCUUAAAGGAUGAGACUUUAAGCGAUUUGGAGCCGGAACUUGAUGAUGGUGAUGGCGGCGAUGAGAAUGGGAAUAACGACGGCGGUGGAGAUAGUGGUAAUGGAGGAGGCGGAGGAGGAGGAGAUGAUGGAGAAGGAGAUGAUGGAGAGGAUGAAGCAGAUAAAGCUGAGGAGAAGGAGUUUGGUCCGAUUUUGAAGUUUGAAGAAGUUAUGAAAGAGACUGAACGUAGAGGGAUCACGUUACCGGAGGAUAUGUUGGAGGCGGCUAAAUCCGUUGGGAUUCGGAAACUGUUCCUUCUUCGUUACCUCGAUCUACAGGGUUCUGUUUGGCCGCUUGGGUUUCUGAUGAGGUCAUGUGCUAUGCUUCGAAAUAGAAUGCUUGCAGAUCCUUCGUUUCUUUUCAAAGUUGGAACCGAGGUAGCCAUAGACUCUUGCUGUGCAACUUUUGCAGAAGUACAGAAGAGAGGGGAAGACUUCUGGUCAGAGUUUGAGUUGUAUGCUGCUGAUCUUUUAGUUGGUCUUGUGGUUGAUGUUGCUUUGGUUGGACUAUUGGCUCCCUAUGCACGUAUUGGGAAGCCAUCCGUGGCAUCAACAGGUUUGUUCAAGGACCUUAAACGUGCUUGUGCUUCCCUUCCUAGCAGUGUUUUUGAAGCUCAAAGGCCAGGUUGUAAAUUCUCAGUUAACCAGCGCAUUGCAACUUUCUUCUACAAGGGACUCUUGUAUGGGUCGGUUGGAUUUGGCUGCGGCCUCAUCGGUCAAGGAAUUGCAAAUCUAAUCAUGACGGCAAAACGGAGUGUGAAGAAAUCAGAGGAAGACGUCCCUAUUCCACCUCUUUUCGAAAGCGCUGCUCUUUGGGGUGUGUUCCUUGGCUUAUCUUCCAAUGCGCGUUACCAAAUCGUAAACGGCCUGGAGCGUGUCGUGGAAGGUUCUAAUGCGGCCAAACGCAUCCCUGUGGUCGCCAUGGCGUUCACGGUGGGAGUCCGGUUUGCUAACAAUGUAUAUGGCGGUAUGCAAUUUGUAGAUUGGGCUAAAUUGUCCGGCGUCCAGUAGUAAUAAACCGGUUCGGUUUUGUUACGAACGGGAUUGUAAUUUAGCCUAGGGGGUGUGUUGAAACUUGUGGAAUUGUUAGAUAUUUCAUUUCAGAAAAGAAAAAAUAGUAUGUGAUUUGGUGAGAUUUUAAGACAUUAUAUUAGGUGAUUUUAAGAGAUCAGUACAAUAAAAAGAAAGGAUGUGUUGCUUUCC